AAACCACCAGCAACCAUUUGUCGCAUGUCAAGAUCAGAGUGUGAUCUCCCAGAAUUCUGCAAUGGAGAAUCUGAAUUUUGCCCAGAAGACAUUUCAGUACAAGAUGGAAGAGAAUGUGGAAAUGGAAAAGCGUAUUGCUAUCAUGCUCAAUGUCGUGAUCACAAUGACCAGUGUCGUAGAUUGUGGGGCGACAGUCAAAUGGGAUCUCUACAAUGUUUCAAAGACAAUGAGAGAGGCUAUCAGUAUGGAAACUGUGGUUACCAGCAGCAGAAACAGUCUUACAUAGCCUGUGGUACAAAGUAAGAAAUCAUUUAGGUUG